AUGCAGGAAAGCAGGACCGUGUCGCCUUUAGGACCGGUCGUCCUGCAGCGAGAAGAAGCCGAUAUGCGCGCCGGUCUAUCGUUGCCGCCGCAGGAAAGAAGACCUGUACUACUUGUACGCACCGAAUCCUUUUCAAGGUAUGAUAGCGUACGGCAGCAACAGUCGCCGCCGAGCCCACCGAUCCUGCGAUCUGUCACUGUCGUCGAGAAGGAUCAGUACCACGAAACAGAUCCGCAAAUUAGGGAGAAAAGGCCGAAUGACGAAGAGGAGGAAGAGCAGGAUGAGGAGGAAGAUGAUGAGGCCGAAGACGAGCGAAACACGUCGACCAGGAACGUUGUUGUGGACGAGGAGGACGAUGAAGAGCAAGAAGAAGAGGAGGAAGAGAGUCAGCCCGAAGGAUGUCGAUGA